ACAUCAUUAAACGGCGUAGUUUUGCAUUAUCUUAGGGCAACCCAAGGCUACCCUUGUUGGUUUAUUUGUCUGUUUAUUUGUCGUUCCCCGUUUUGGCCGCCGCUCGUUCCUCCAGGCGCGCUUUGUCCGAUCUGAUGCUAACAGUCAUUUUCUCAGGUGGUUUCAUAUGUGAACAUUGACAUCAAUGAAGGUGUGAAAUUGUGGAAGUGUGAAGAGAUGUGCUGGUGAAGUCUCAUAAUUUUUUUAAAUUUAUCAGAUUUUGAAAACUUUUAUUGUCUUUAACCUGGAUCUGGGUUUGGAUACCUGAACUAUUUGAAUGCUUUGAUUAAAUUUUCAGCAAAGAAUAGAAAGAGAAAAGAUUUAAGAGGGUUUAGGUAAUAUGCAAGUGAUAAUAAUCAAAUUUACUACACAUAAGGUUGCAAAGGGUGAAUUCUAAUUGAGUCUCAAACUGUUAAGGUAGUUAAAUUAAUGGGCACCCUAUCCAUACCCUUUUCAAAGGAAAAAAUGUCACUGCCACCACCUCUAAACCCCAUCCACACUCUUUUACUAUCCCUUUUCUUCACGUUUUCAUUACCAGCCACUUCCCACACUUUCUCCUCUUCCUCUCCUCCACAACUCUCCACCUCCCUCUCUGAGUGGCAGUCUGCACAUGCCACUUACUAUGCUGCCUCUGACCCUCGUGACUAUGUUGGUGGUGCCUGCGGUUAUGGAGAUUUAGGGAAAGCAGGGUAUGGGUUGGCCACAGUGGGCCUCAGCGAGGCAAUGUUCGAGCGGGGCCAGAUGUGUGGUGCAUGCUUCGAGUUGCGGUGUGUGGAGGACCUGCGGUGGUGCAUCCCUGGCACUUCUGUCAUUGUGACGGUUACUAAUUUUUGCGCUCCCAACUAUGGUUUCACUGCUGAUGGUGGAGGCCACUGUAAUCCUCGAAACAAACACUUUGUCCUUCCCAUUGAGUCCUAUGAGAAGAUCGCCAUUUGGAAGGCUGGUAACAUGCCUGUACAAUACAGGAGGAUAAAAUGCAGAAAGGAAGGAGGAAUUCGAUUUGCUGUCUCGGGAUCAGGCAUCUACAUUUCAGUACUGAUCAGCAAUGUUGCAGGAGCUGGUGAUAUAACUGCAGUGAAGAUUAAAGGUUCAAGAACAGGUUGGCUUCAAAUGGGUAGGAACUGGGGUCAGAACUGGCAUAUCAAUGCUGAUUUGAAGAAUCAACCUCUCUCAUUUGAGGUUACUACUAGCGAUGGAAUCACAGUUACCUCUUACAAUGUCGCUCCCAAGAAUUGGAGCUUUGGUCAGACUUUCGAAGGCAAGCAGUUUGAGACUUAGUGUAGCAGCAAGAAGACAUAUCAUAUAGAUGAGACCAUUCUUUGUUUUUCUAUUUCCACCUUAAUUGUUUUGUUUUAUAGGUCAGGGUGGGAGUGUAUGAUUUGUAAUGGGAAAAUUAUAUUUGUAAACAAAAGGUGUAGAAAGCACCUUAUUGGAGAGCAUUCUAAGAUUGUUGUUCUGUAAAAUUAAACACGGUAAAUGAUAAAAUGUGCUGCUUAUUUGUGGUUGGAUUAA